ACUAUCUUCCUCUGAUUGGGAACACUCAGCUGCUUUGGCUGUGCUUUUGUCUAGUUUGAAAGGGCAAACAAAUAAGAUAAGGGUAGGUGCUUCAUUUUCUCCUUGUGUGCACACUGGAACAGUCGCUUUAGAAGCUGAAAUCCUGACUGACUCCGCAGGAAACAUCUGCUUUUUCUGUGGUGCUCUUGGUCAACUUGUUCCAGAUGGUUACUUUAACAUGAAAAUCUUUAAUAUCCGGGGAAGGAAUUUUACUUCCGUCACAAAAAUGUCUUUUUUCUCUGAGCUUCAGAUACUGAUCCUGGUGGUGUGCACCUCAGGAGCUCCGCAGCACAUAAAGAUCCCAGAGAUAAAGAGAGAUGACAGUAACGUUUUCCUGACCAUGGCGUGGGAAGUGGCCAGCCACCUCCGUCCUAACUCCAGCUGCUACGUCUGCGGUCUGAUGCCCUACACAGCUGGAGAGGGUUUACCUCUCAUGGUCUUGCCUGCCUCGGACUGUGACAUGUGCCGCCUGAUGCACAUCAACCUUCCUAGUUCUUCUUCUGACCUCAACUGCCCCGGUUUAAAAAUGAGACCACUUCACUGUGAAAAUGUAAAAGGAAACUGCAACAGAUGUUCUGCAACCCCCAAAGCUGUUCCCAUUCUUGUCCUCCCUCGGAGGUUCACAUGGUGCCUUGAGAACGAUGGCCACAUUCCGAUGGGAUAUUCGCAGUGCCUUCGUACGUUUAAGUGGGGCCCGGGACAGAGGGAAACAGACUGGAAAGCAUUUAACUCUGCUCCUCAUCCGUGUCUGGAUGCUGCAGGAGAGGCUCGCCUAAAUGCUUUAGCUCAGCGCACAGCCACCUGCUCCAUCUCCUCUCCUGUGGGGAUGUACUGGGUGUGUGGGAGCCUCGCUUACCCCUAUCUUCCAGUGGAUUACAAGGGACGCUGCGGUUUGGGAUACGUUGUGCCAGCAAUGAGGGUGACGCGCUCCCUUCCCAAAAGAACUUUCUUUAAACGUGUACGACGUGGAACUUCCGAUUUUCUAGGAACACACCAUCAGUCACCUUUUAAAAACGCACUCGGUCCGCUCCUUCCUUUUUACGGGGUCAUGUCUGCAUUAGACCAAAUAGCCGAUCUGUCCCAUUCUAUAGAAGUGAUAGCUAAUGAAACCGGGAAGGCUCUCACACUAAUGUCCAACGAGCUCGCCUCUGUCAGACUCCUAGCUCUGCAAAACAGAGCCGCUCUGGACUUUCUUUUAGCCGCGCAGGGAGGAACGUGCGCUGUCAUCGGAUCCGAAUGCUGCACUUUCGUUCCUGACUAUAACAUCACAAUCCAUGAAAUAGUCAGCCACCUUCAUGAGACGGCUAAAUCCGUCCACCAGGAUGGAAGCUCCGUGUUUGACUUCCUAAAGAAUGCCUUUGGAUCCGUCAGCAAUCACGUCAUUCAGAUGCUGAUUGUUGUGGUCGUUUUCAUUGUUACGUUGUCGCUCUUUGUGUCAUGUAUGAAAAGGUUUAUGUUCGGUUAAAGGCAAAGCACUGGAAUUAUUUACUGAUCUAUAAAAAAAAAGGAGGUUAUUGUGUUUUUUUUAUUUUUUAGCCUGGCCAUUGGGAGGUGGGCCCAUGCAGCAUCAGCGAUUUUCUAUAACCAUAGCACUCAAGUUUCAGCUUCAACAGAGCAAUGUUUUAGUGAUGCCCUUUAUUAAGUCCUGAAAGAGUUGUUUAUAUGGCUAAAAUAUUACCUGGCCGCUGUUUUUUUUUUUUUAAGACGUUUUUGUGUAACAUCCAUAGUUAUUUGAUUAGUUCUAAACUCUUCACCUAUGUUAGUCCUGCCUUUGAAACUGGGCUUUACCUGCUCCUUUCCAAACUAAUAAGCCAUGUAGAUGGUGUUUAUUAGUCUGUCUGGUCAGGCUACCGUUUUUGGGGCAAUUUCCUACUAAGAUCAGAAGAAAAAGAUGCAGGGACAUAAUUAUUAAGUAAGUCAAAGUAACAACUUAAUGUUUUAAUGUCUUGUUGUUAAAAGGAACUCUUCUUACCUUAUUUAUGUUACCCUUAGGAUCAAUAAAGUAUUUUCUGAUGCUUAA